UCUGACUCUGACAGCUCGGCACGUCCAAGCGGAAAGACCAAUGCCGUAGCAAAGCCUCCAGGCGCCCAGAUUCGUCGGCGUGCUGCUGGCAGUCAGGUAGCGAAACCAAACUCGACGCGUGCAGCUGGAGCAGGUGGAUCCUCGGGGACAAUGCUAAAGCUUUACACGGACGAUUCGCCGGGUCUCAGGGUUGACCCAUACGUGGUUUUGAUACUCUCGCUGGCGUUCAUUGGCUCCAUCUUUUUCCUCCAUAUUUCUGCCAAAAUUAUACGGUCUCUGACCAAGUAG